UGUAGGUGAAGCCUUACCUGGUCUACAAUCAUGAAGUUCUCCCUCGUCGCCGCCCUCGUCGUUGCUCUGGCCAUCGGCUCCCAAGCUGCCAGCCUGGUGAAAAGAGAAGCUGCUGAAUUGCCUCCUGAGGUUGAAAAGAUUGCCAGCUACUUCCAGGACCUCAUCCAAAACCUUAAAGCCCUCGAGACCCCCGAUCUGGCCAACAGGGCCAAGACCUACCUCGAGGAGAGCAGAGCUCAGCUCAUGCCUGUGGUUCAGAAGCUCCAGGAGCAGCUGACGCCCCUCUCAAGCAACAUCGAAGAGCAGGUGGAGCCUCUGGCCGCCUCGGUCCGUGCUCAGAUCACCCCCUACACCAACCUGAUGCAAAGCCAGAUCGAGGACAUGCUGAAGUUCGUGGUUGAUCAGACCAAGGCCAUCCUUCCCCCUCAGUAAAGAUUAAAACCCAGAAAAAAGCGAGAUGGGAAACUAACAUUGCCCUGUGACUGCCAUCGCUCGCUUAUCUGAAGCAAUAAAAGGGUUCAAAGGCUUUA